UCUGGCAGUGAUUGUAAAUAUACCUAAAGGGGGCAAGUUGUUUGUGUGACUUGUAGCUACAUAAUGCUUUUACUUAUGCACAUACAUUAGUAGAGUUAUAAGUUGGAUUGUUUUAUUGAACAUUGAUAAGGAAAUAGAUUAAAGCUUAUAUUGCAGGCAGGUCAUCGUCAUCUACUUUAAUACUUUUUGCUUAUAAGAAGACUAGACUUGCAAUUUUUAAAGCUUUUAAGAAAAAAUAAACACACAUUCGAGAUCAUUGGCCACGGAAAAACUUGUUGCUUGCAUAUUACUUCAUCGAUACCUCCACAUAAAAUCUUGUCUUGAACCAUGGAUCGCGAAAGCAUUUACAUAUCAAAUAAUGAAGAACCAUCAACAUUUGAAUACGAUGAAAGUCUACCUGCAUUACCUCUGCCAAAUUUAACUUCCACUCUUCUCCGUUACUAUGAAACUCUUAAACCCUUUGGAACAGCAGAGGAACUUUCAAAAACCCGUAAAAUCAUCGAUGAAUUCAAUCAGGGAAUCGGUGCUCACCUACAAAAGAAACUAAAAGAACGUGCUUCCAAAAUGAAGAAUUGGCUUGAUGUAUGGUGGGAUGCUUAUGCUUAUCACACCCUUCGAUUUCCUCUACAUCCAUAUGUUUCCAUGUCGAUGACUUUGAAAUUAGAUUGUAUUGGAAUCGAUGAAACUCCAACAAAUUGCUUGAAAACUUUAGCACGGAUAACAUACUACACAAUCGAGUAUUGGGAGCUUUUGAGAACUGAAAGAAUGAAGCCAGCUUCUUCGGGUGGUGGUAAAGUCAAAUACUCAUCGGCAUUGUUUAGACGAUUUUUAGCCACAUCACGUAUUCCUGGGGAGACAGUGGAUAAGAUCGAAAGACAUUUCAGAUCAAUUGGUGAAUCUGAGAAACCACCAACUCAUGGUUUGAUUAUGGGAAAAGGAAGAAUUUUCUCUUUUGACUGUUUCAAUGAGGAUGGGUCAAUUGUGUCACCCCAAGAGCUCUUGGUAAUGUUGAAUCAAGUUUCUGGAAUUCUCGAGUUCGAAGGUAAAGGUGAUUGUGUCCCUGUACUGACAAAUGAUGAACGAUCUUCAUGGGCAAAGAAUCGUCAAAGAUUACUUGAGAUCUCACCAAGGAACAAAGAUUACUUAAAGUUGGUAGAGAGCUCUAUUGUUGUGAGUGUUUUGGAUUAUCAUGAACCAAACAACCAUGAAGAAGUUGCCCAAGCCGCUUUAAAUGGGGAUUUCCUCUCAAAAUGGUCGGAUAGGAGCAGUAUUUGUAUUGCUUACAAAAGUGGAAGAUUUGCCCUUGUCGGAGAACACUCAGCCUAUGAUGGUACACUAAGUAUACACUUUGCGUUCUUUAUUCAACUUAGCCUCAUGGAGGGCGCAGAACCUGACUGGAAUGCUAAGCCUAAAGAAUUAUCUAAGCCGAUUAAGGAAAUUAAAUUUGAUUUGGAUGAGGCCCUCCGUGAUGAAAUCGAGAGAGUGAUAUCAGAUUGCGAUGCUCGAAGAACGGAUGUAAUCAUAACAGAUUUCACCUUCAAUGACUUCGGGAAGGAUCUUAUAAAGACCUUGAAACUACAUCCUGACUCCUUCAUUCAGAUUGUCAUUCAAUGGACCUAUUACUUGCUUCAUGGAGAACUUGCUCCAAUCUAUGAGACUGCUUUGAUGCGACAGUAUUACAAUGGUCGCACAGAAACCCUACGAUCUUGUACAAUGGAAGUUGUUAAUUUCAUCAAACUAGCUACACAACCAAAUUCCACAAAAGCUUCAAUCGCAGAAAGUUUUCGUAAAGCUGUCAAUCAUCACACUCAUAUGAUGAAUGAAGCUCGAGAGGGAAAAGGCAUCGAUCGUCAUUUGUUUGGAUUGUGGUGUGUUGCUCAGGAAGAGGGUUUGGAAGUUCCAUCACUUUAUACAGAUCCACUUUAUGCGAAGAGUGGAGGAGGUGGCAAUUUUGUGUUGUCCACAAGUACGUUAGGCUAUACCAUAAACAAUGGCUAUGUAGCUCCAAUGGUUAUGGAUGGAUAUGGCGUGUUUUAUAGCAUUGUUUCAGAUGCAAUUCAUCUAUAUACAACGGUAUUUCGAGGAAGUGAAAAAACAAGCGCGCAUAGAUUCAAUAAGAAGUUUGGGGAGGUUAUGCUAAUGGCCAAAGAAUUGCUCCAAGGAUCACCGUCGUCGUCGCCGCCGGCCAAGUUAUAAAAUUUUAAAUUUUAUUCCAAAUAGUUUUUUUACCAGUUUAACGAUUGUUUAUGUGAUAAUUUAUUAUUUUGAGGGGAUUUAUUAAAAGGGAAUACCUAAUGUUUAAAUAAAAUAAAUAUUCAUAAGUAUACCUACGA